AUGCUGUUUGGCGCUCUUCUCGCGGCUACUUCCGUCUUAGCCCUGAGCAGCCUCACUUGGUAUCUCGCCUUCCAUCGGUUAUCUCGAUUCCCCGGUCCCAAACUUGCUGCUCUCACGGAUUGGUACGCGACGUAUUACGAAGUCGUGAAGGACGGUGGCCUUGUCACGAAACUCGCCAGUCUGCAUGCCAGAUAUGGUCCAGUUGUAAGGAUUGCUCCUAACCGGCUUCACUUUGCUACGCUUGAAGCAUAUACCGACAUCUACGUGCGAGGCUCAACGUUCACAAAGGAUCCCAGGUUCUACGAUGGCUUCUGCGAGAAGGAGUCAUCAUUUGGCCAUGUCGAUCCUCGUGCCGCGAGGGCGCGCCGCGACGUCUUGUUUCCGCUGUUCUCGCGCAAAGCUAUCCUGAAUGCAGAGCAGAUGGUGCUCCAUAAGGUGGAGGUCUUGCUUGAUCGGAUCCUAGAGAACGGACGCGAUGGUGCGGCAGUGCAUGUGCAUCGUGCCUUACGCUCAUUCUCGCUGGAUGUUGUCAUUGCAUACUGUUUUGCUGAUGAAGCAUGCACCAUUGACGCUAGUGGGUUCGAACACCCACUUGUUCUAGCUCAGGAGGCUCUAUUCCCACGAGUGCUCAUCUUCGCCAAUUUCCCUUGGAUAUUCGAUAUCUUGACCUUCUCCACUCGCGCGAUGGAGUGGAUGAGGAGGACCUUUGGGGCGACUGAUGGAGACUCCACUGUGGUCGCAGGUUUCUCAAAAGCGGUUCAACAGAUCGACAGGCUACUGGCGGAGCCAGGAAGACUGGAGCUUGAACAACGCGAAACUGUCUUCCACCAUCUCCUUACACCUCGCCCUGAGAAAGGCAUCUACGGCGCCGUCCCGUCGCGUCAGAGCCUUAUUGACGAAGCCGCCGCUCUAAUCGGCGCAGGAGGGGAUACCGUUGCAAACACAGUCGCCUUCGGUGCCUUUCACAUACUCGAAGAUAGCUCGGUCAGGACGAAGCUUGUGAGCGAGCUAGAUCGCUUGUGGUCUGAGAGCGGAUCAGUGGGAUUGCAGCAACUAGAGAAGCUUCCGUAUCUUACAGCCGUGAUCAAGGAAUCUCUCCGCGUAUCCCACGGCGUCGUGCAUCCCGCGCCUCGUAUAGUCUGCCCAUCGGACACCGUCAUCGAUGGACACGUUGUUCCCGCUGGCAGCAUCGUUUCCAUGGGGUCAACCUUCGUCCACUUGAAUGCAGAUGUGUUUCCCGAACCACACUCAUUUCGUCCCGAGCGAUGGCUGCAACACGACGCGCCACGCUUAGACCAGUACUUGGUGGCGUUUUCCAAAGGUCAACGCAGCUGCUUAGGUAUCAACCUGGCGUGGUGUGAGAUGUAUCUUCUUUUCGGCUACCUCUUCAGGUUUCUCGAUAUCGAGAUAGCCCCCGGUACUAUUGCAGACUACAGGCACUACAAGAGUCACUUCAUCCCAACGAUUCCCGAGGAACGCAUGCUACGCUGCGUAGUACGGCGUCGGGCCGAGUGA